UUAGUCAUUCACAGAAAAAAAAAACUAGGGUUUAGUCUCGACGUGGCAGAUCAGGACGUCCGAUAAAUAGCGUCCCUCUCUAUCCUCGGAGAAAACCCCGCGAGGAAGAGAAGAGAUCAAGCCCGCCGCCUUCAGCCCCGAAGAAGAUCCACCCUCUGCUCCGUCUCGCCGGUAUGGCAUCAUCCCCACCCCCUUCAAUUCGCUGCGAUUUGCUGCUUGUAUUCUUUCUCCUGCUCUUGUCUUCUCCUUUUUCUUCGUCCCCGUGUGUUGUGUUUUUGUUACCCGUUUCUCUCGGUAAAGAUCGCCGGACUCGCCUCGGCCUGCCCGCGGUGAAGAUCUCCCCGGACGCCAUCGGCUCCUUCGCUCUCCCUCGUAAUCAAGGAGGAUCACAUUCACAUCAUGAUGAGUAACGCCGAGAACGCAAAGGUCGAUGCCAUGCCGGCGCCGGACAGCAAGCGUAUGAAGGCGGCCGUCGUCGUGCCCGGCCUCAGGGCGACGGUGGCGGAGGACAGCAUGACGGAGGUGCUGCUGCGGCUCACCGUCAAGUCCGUGGCCAGGUGCCGCGCCGUCUGCCGCUCCUGGGCCGCGCUGCUCUCCUCGGACGAGUUCUGCGCCCUCUACCGUGCGGUCGCCAGGGCGGCGUCGCCGGUGCCCAAGCUGCUGCACUUCUCCCCCACCGCGGGGUUCGACGCCACGGCGGCGUACGCGCGCCCGCUGUCGCCGGCGCCGGGCCCCGGGCAGGACGAGAGGCUGUUCACCCUCGACUACGCCCGCGGCAACCGCGUGGAGGUGCUCACGCCCGCGCCGUGCCACGGCCUCACCCUGCUGUACGACGCCAUCGCGAGGGCCUACUACGUCUGCAACCCGGCCACGCGGGCCUUCGCGCGUCUGCCGCCGUCGGACGAGGCGGCGCCGGCGCACUGGCGCAGCUGCAGCACCGGGCUGGGGUUCGACGCCCGGUCGCGGGAGCACAAGGUGGUGAGGCUGGUCAGACGGGCGUACCCGCCCCGCGGGCAGCAGCAGGACACGGUCAGCUGCGAGGUGUACACGCCUGCAGCAGGCAUCGCUGCUGGAGGCCGCCCGCCUCCGGAGGGGUGCCCUUCGGGCUGCGCAGGGCCACGGCCUCCGCCGUGGCCAACGCCGACGAGCAGAGGCUGACGCCCGUGUUCGCCAGCGGGUUCCUGCACUGGUUGAUCGAGCCUCACAACGUCUUCAUCAGGCCGAGGUGCGCCAUCGUGCUCUUCUCCGUCGCCGACGAGACCUUCGGAUGCGUCCGGGAGCCUUGCU